CCGGCGGCUGAGGGCCCUCCGCACUGUCCUCGGCUCCCAGCUGGGCCCCGCGGACGCCAGAGGACGGCGCGCAGGCAGCGCGCCGGACAGCCCUCGACCCGUGGCUAUGGCGGCGGCGCGGGGGGCGCGGGGGCCGCUGCGACUCCUGUUCGCGAUGCUGCGGGGCCGGGCGGUAGGCUUCUCGGCCAAGGCUGCAGAUGUUCACUGUUUGACUGCAGAGGAGAGGAACCAAGUUAUACAUGACCUUAAAGCAGCAGGAUGGUCAGAAUUAAAUGAGAGAGAUGCCAUCUACAAAGAGUUCUCCUUCAAAAAUUUUAAUCAGCUCCAUCUCAUGCAGGCAUUUGGCUUUAUGUCCCGAGUUGCCCUGCAAGCCGAGAAGAUGAAUCACCACCCGGAAUGGUUCAAUGUGUAUAACAAGGUGCAGAUAACCCUAACCUCGCAUGACUAUGGUGGACUGACCAAGAGAGAUGUGAAACUGGCCAAGUUUAUUGAAAAAGCAGCUGCUUCUGUGUGAUUUCUUCCAAAAUGCAUGUCAAACCCUGUACACAUCUUAGUUGUCAUGUAUGUUGAAGGCAGUUUACGUGAACAAAUUAAGUUGUAAAUUUAAGCUCACCUUUUGCACAGUCUUGUACAAUCAGUGCUUAAUUACAAAAUGAUUUAAACUUGA